AUGCCGCGUCGAUCCCAUGACAGUGGUGACCUUUGUGCCGUAUUCAUCCACGCUGGAGCCGGGUAUCAUAGCCAUCAGAAUGAGCGGAUGCACCUGACAGCUGUGAAUGAUGCGGCUAAGGUGGCAAUGGCUGUGUUGAAGAACGGAGGCGAAGCCACCGAUGCAGUCGAGAUGGCAAUCCGACUGCUGGAGGACAAGGAGAUCACAAAUGCUGGAUAUGGGAGCAACUUGACCAUAGAGGGCCAGGUUGAAUGUGACGCUACCAUGAUCGACCACCUGGGCCGCAGCGGGGCAGUCGGGGCAAUAUCACAAGUCAAAAACCCCAUCGCGGUAGCCCGCCUGGUUCUUGAUGAAUCCACGAAGCCUCUGUCUCUACAACGGGUGCCGCCUAAUCUCCUUGUCGGGCCUGGAGCAACCGACUAUGCAGCUGACAAAGGCGUGCCUAUCCUGCCUCCAGACUUCCUAGUCUCGGCAAAUGCUCGCGAACGUUGGUUCAGAUGGAAAAUAGAUCUUGAGGAGGCAAGGAUGAAAGAAUCCGAGGACCCUGGGCAAGAGCAGACACAAUGGCAAGCUUCCACCAUCGGCCAAGGGCUCCCUUCUACCCCUCCAACACCAGGCUUCGCCAGUUCUUCACCUUCUCCAUCAACACUUGUGCCGCGUCCGACCCUGUCAAAGCUUCCUCCCAUGGUUCGGCCGUUGGUCGCUUCGGCUGCAGACAUACCAAAUUUAGCACGGGUAGGAGAUGACAGGAACCCAAGAAUUCCCUCACCCAAGAACAUGUCGCCCGUCUUCGCAACAGGGCAACACAGUGCCACCGAACCUGGAUCAGCCGAUGAAUCGGAGCCGGCCACUGAUGACCACCCACCGUGGCUGAGGUCGGCCCCCAAGCGGCAGAAGCUAAAUGGAUCUUUCGAUGGUCCAAUGAGUGACGAGGUUGAGAUCUCCAAGAAUCAUCUUUUAGUGGUGACACAAGAAAUCGGUGCGAGGGACGAUGGCCGAGAAGACAAUAUCACCGACACGGUAGGAGCAAUAGCAGUGGAUUGCUUUGGUCGAAUAGCCGCCGGCUCGUCUUCCGGAGGGAUCGGUAUGAAACACAAAGGGCGCUGUGGCCCGGCAGCUCUUGUUGGAAUUGGCACAUCCGUGAUUCCUGCCGAUCCACAAGAUCCAACACAAACGUGUGUUGCCACUGUCACCAGUGGUACAGGAGAACACAUGGUCACAACGACUGCGGCGGCCACUGCGGCGGAUCGGAUUUACAGUUCGGUGCGCAAGGAAAACGGCAAGCUGACGGCGUGUAACGAGGACGAAGCCAUGCAUUCUGUCAUCCAGCACGACUUCAUGACCCACCCUGGAGUCAGUAAUAGCCACUGCGCCGGGGCCAUUGGCAUUCUGGCGGUAAAGAAAUCCCGCGAUGGCAUUCACUUUUACUUUGGUCACAACACGGAUUCGUUCGCUUUGGCGUCCAUGCACUCGGAAGAACGGAAACCGGUGUGCACAAUGUCGCGAAGCAAAGGACAUGGUUCGAUUGCGCAGGGCGGUCGAGCUACUCGAGCCAAAGGUGGCCGGCUCCGAGGCUGA